GAGGCGGCUGCUGCUGCUGGGCAGAGAGGAGUCGUGCAGGAGCAGCGGCCGCGCUCGCACGCCACAUUCGCUCUUUAUGGGGCUGGUGGUGAGGAUGAGCGAGAGCUGACCCUGCCGCGCCGCCGCCUGUGCUGUGAAGUGUCUGCUCCUCCUCCUCCUCUUCCUCCUCCUCCCCGGCCGUGGGUGAACCUGCGCUACGGGCUCUUCACCGACACGGGGGAGGUUGGUUUGUUUGUGCAUUUGUUAAAGGCAAAGAGAGAGAAAGAGAGACCUUCCACCCGCUGAAGCACAGUUCACUAUGAUCGUACUCGCAUCCAGCACUGGAAGCCGGUUGGAUUUCGUGUCUCAGUCCAGGGUGUUUUUCUUGCAAACCUUCAUUUGGAUUUUAUGUACUACAGUGUGCAAAGCGGAGCAGUAUUUCAAUGUGGAGGUUUGGUUACAAAAGUACGGCUACCUUCCACCAACUGACCCCCGAAUGUCGGUGUUGCGCUCUGCAGAAACCAUGCAAUCAGCUAUAGCUGCCAUGCAGCAGUUCUAUGGCAUUAAUAUGACAGGAAAAGUGGACAGGAACACAAUUGACUGGAUGAAGAAACCUCGAUGUGGUGUGCCUGACCAAACAAGAGGCAGCUCCAAGUUUAACAUCCGUCGGAAGCGCUACGCGCUAACGGGACAGAAAUGGCAGCACAAACAUAUCACUUACAGCAUAAAGAACGUCACUCCAAAAGUAGGUGAUGCUGAAACUCGUAAAGCCAUUCGCCGUGCCUUCGAUGUGUGGCAGAAUGUAACUCCUCUGACUUUUGAAGAAGUUCCUUAUAUUGAAUUAGAAAAUGGCAAGAGAGACGUGGAUAUUACUAUCAUUUUUGCUUCAGGUUUUCAUGGAGACAGUUCUCCCUUUGAUGGGGAGGGAGGAUUUUUAGCUCAUGCGUAUUUUCCUGGCCCAGGAAUUGGAGGAGACACUCAUUUUGACUCAGAUGAGCCAUGGACUUUGGGAAAUCCCAAUCAUGAUGGAAACGAUCUCUUCCUAGUUGCAGUGCAUGAACUCGGACAUGCUCUGGGCUUGGAGCACUCUAACGACCCCACUGCAAUCAUGGCUCCAUUUUACCAAUACAUGGAAACUGACAACUUCAAACUACCUAAUGAUGAUUUACAGGGCAUCCAGAAGAUAUACGGUCCACCUGACAGGAUUCCACCACCAACCAGACCCCUGCCAACAGUGCCCCCACAUCGUUCAGUCCCUCCAGCAGACCCACGAAAGAAUGACAGGCAACCGAAACCUCCGCGGCCACCCACGGGUGACAAACCUUCCUAUCCCGGGGCCAAGCCCAACAUCUGUGAUGGGAACUUCAACACUCUGGCCAUUCUUCGCCGGGAAAUGUUUGUUUUUAAGGAUCAGUGGUUCUGGCGAGUCAGGAACAACAGGGUGAUGGAUGGAUACCCCAUGCAGAUUACCUACUUCUGGAGGGGGCUGCCUCCCAGCAUUGAUGCAGUUUAUGAAAACAGUGAGGGGAAUUUUGUCUUCUUUAAAGGUAACAAGUUCUGGGUUUUCAAGGACACUACUCUCCAGCCAGGUUAUCCUCAUGAUUUGAUAACACUUGGAAGUGGAAUUCCUUCCCAUGGCAUUGAUUCUGCAAUUUGGUGGGAAGAUGUUGGAAAAACCUACUUCUUCAAAGGAGAUAGGUACUGGAGGUACAGUGAAGAAAUGAGAUCCAUGGACCCUGGUUAUCCCAAACCAAUCACAAUUUGGAAAGGUAUCCCAGAAUCUCCUCAGGGAGCCUUUGUCCACAAAGAAAAUGGCUUCACAUAUUUCUACAAAGGAAAAGAGUACUGGAAAUUCAACAACCAGAUGCUCAGGGUGGAACCUGGCUAUCCCAGAUCCAUCCUCAAGGAUUUUAUGGGUUGUGAUGGACCAACAGACCGAGAUAAAGACCGACACAGCCCUCAAGACGAUGUUGACAUUGUCAUCAAACUGGACAACACAGCCAGCACUGUGAAAGCCAUAGCCAUCGUCAUUCCCUGCAUCCUGGCCUUGUGCCUCCUUGUCUUGGUUUACACUGUGUUCCAGUUCAAAAGGAAAGGAACACCCCGCCACAUACUGUACUGCAAACGCUCUAUGCAAGAGUGGGUGUGAUGUAGGGUUUGGUUUUUUUUCUUUCCCUCCCAGGAGUUUGUGGUAACUUGAGAUUCGACACAAGAGCUGUCAGGCAGUUUCCUAGCUAGGAGCGGGCACCUGUCGGCGUGGAACAAAGCUGAUGUGUAAAACCCAGGCAAAGCUGAUGUGUAAAACCCCGGCUGCCUGUCCUGCGCCCGGGUGGCGAUUCGCCCAGCUGGGAAGCUCCCAUGAUACACAGUACCUGCUGUUUCUUCAGUCCUUUGUCUCUCUUUGUCAUUCAAUUCUAGGCCUUCCCUCUGCACGCUCAAUGCCCUAUAAACUAUCAGGAUUAACUAACGAAGAGGAAUAAAAGUAUCUCCAAUGUUUCUACAUUUUUCCCUUAAGGCCUGUUCCCCUUCGAAAAAUUUUUUGCUGAAAGUAAAUUUUUUUAGAGAAACACAACAACCAACAAUGGAACUUUCAGGAAAGUGAGAAGACCCAAAACAGCUUUGUCUCCAAAGAGGAUUGCUUUCUGUCUGCUACGGAUAAAGUCCUAUACUCCUACUUCCAGUUUUGUCAGGUGGGAGACUCGGAUGACACGCAGGACUUCAGACUGUUCGGACAGCCAUUUUCCAACAAACAAGGGGCCAAAAUAUCUGCAAUAUAGUAACAGCCUUAAUACAUUCAUUUUGUGGUUUUUACAGCUGCUCUGGGCUAUGUCCUCAAUGUUUUAAACUCAUAUUCAAUACUAUAUUCAAGCAGAACCUUUUUAUUGGUUUGUUUGAUUUCUGGUUGGUUUUCCUACAUUAUCUUUCCCAAGCUGUACCAAGCCAACUACCCCAGGCCUUUUACAGGUCUGUCAGGAGCACUCAUUCCAAAGAAUGGUAAAAAAGCAGUGUGUCUCUGAAGUGGAUUUCAAUGAACUAAAACAACAGACAUGCUAUUGAGAAACUUGACAUUGGUAUUAUACUGGUGGUGUAACCCUUUGAGAACUACUGCAUCCAGUUUUCAGAGUCUGCUGGAUGUUAAUCUUGGUCUUAAUUAAAUUAUAGAAUUGUGUUUGGGUAAUACAGGUUUCAAAAGAAAAUCAGUUUUUCGAAACACUUCUUGUGACUGCGUUUUUAAUUAUUUGCAUUAUUGAUAAAAAAGCAUUUGUAACAUGAAUAGAAAACAAAAUAUAUUUACCAGCUACUUUCUUGUUAAAGGAACCAAACGUGUUUUAAUAAUUUCUACCACGUACCAAGUUUUUUUUUCUGAGCUGACAACAAUUUUACAGCUUAGCCUCUUACCUUAAGCAUCUUGGAUUUGUCUCUUGAGAUUAUGUUGCAUGAAAAUUUGAUUUGCCUCUGCAGAGGCAGAGUUACAGUUUCAAAGGAAAACUAAGAAGAUGACUCUGAUAGUGCAUGAGUAUCCUCUGGUGUGUUACCCCUUUGCAUGUUCAUCAUAGUUCUCAAAGGGUUAAAAUUUUUGGCCUUCAGUCAAACAUGGUAUCAACUGACAGAGCCAAGGGACCACCAAAACAUUUUGUCAUUCUGUGUAAUUUGUGCUAACAGCAGUAUUGUCAUUUUCAUGUGACCUGCAGAGCAGGUUUGUAUCAAUAAUUUUUUCCUAGAGAAAAGUCAGCAACUGACAGACCUCUUUAUUGAUUUUAGGAGCUGCUUCUUGCAGUGAUAGGCUUUACAGUCACUGGGCUGUGAACUUAUUAAAGAUGGUCAGAAUGAUGCACCCCAAAAGUCAGACACCUGGUUUUUUAUGAAAGCCAGGUUUUGAGGGGAGUAGCUUUUGCAACAAUGAACAGCUUGCCUUGAACUUGAUUAUUGACCUGUUGACUGUCAUUACCAAGUUAAACAUUGUCUUCUGUGAACAGCUUCACUGUCUGAAUUUCCUUAAAGUGUACUGUCCUAUGUCUUUGACCUUUAACUUGCAAACUGGCACAAACUGAAGGGAAUCUGGUGUUGCAAAUGAAAUGAGUUUUAUUUCUUGAAAGGCCUGAUAGACAUGAUCUAAAAUUUGAGAAAAAAAAAUUGAAGUGUUUUAGUAGGAGAGAAAUGACAUAGACUAAAAUAUUUAUGAUAGGUCUGUAGAAAGGUAUUUUGCUAUGUAUACAUGCACACUCUAAAAAUGAAUUACAGCAGAAGUUAAUUUUUAUUUAACUUGAAUACAAUUUUCAGUAUAAAAUUAUUAUUUCUACAAAUAUCUAGUUAUUAAUGAAAAGGUUAUAGGAAAGUAUUAAAAUACUUGAAAUGGCCAGUAUGGGCUUUUACAUAAAAUGAGACUUUUAUACUAUGUUCAACCAAUUUCUUACUGGUUUCUUAAUCCACAUAACUGGAUCACUUUUUAGAGAGUGUAGGUAUAUAUACAUAUAUAUUAUGAUUAUUAUUGUUUUGGUAAUGGAUAGCUUGACUGCCUUGAAUUUAUAUUUAUAUUGAGCAUAGCAUGAAAAAUAGUAUGCCUUUUUUUCAAUUACAUGAUUUUAUAAUGAUUUGAGGACUUAUGAACAUAUGUGGCAUGCUAGAAAGCAUUGCAAACUUAUUUCUUAGAGCAUAAACAGAUAUACAUAUGUAUGGUUAACAAAAAUGAAGAUUAGAAAAAGAUAUAGUUUUACAACAAAUAUGCAAUGCAGAUGGCAUUUUGGAGAUGUUUUGUAGAAGUACUGCAUACUGUAGGUUAGAAGUGCACCAGUAUCAGCCCACAGCAUUAUUUAGUAAAUCCAAGUCAGUUGUUGCUGAAAAUGUAUAGAUUUAUUGACAAUUUAGUUGCACAGAAUUUUUGCUGCGGAUCAGCUCAUUUGGUUAAUUUGAAAUUCUAUGCUGUUUGUAAUAUGUAUUAAGAUGUGUGUGUUUGUAUACUUAUAAAAGUACACAAACACACACACACACAGACAUGCACAUUUUAAUCCAUUGAGAAAAUUUUAUUGUCAACAAACUACUAUAACUUAUGUUCUGCUAUGGACAAAACAAAAUGAUUGAUAUUGCUGUUCCAAUUUUUUCCCCCUUGGAUAGUUGGAGGAAAAUACUAAAAGAACUACAUAUUUUGUGUUUGCUUUUCCUCUAAAAUAGGAAAUAGGAGAAUUUAUUUUUUAUUUUCUUAAGUCAGAACAGCAUCUCAUCAGCUUUCUUUAUUCACUUGAAAAUUUCAUUUCAAUUUUAAAAUACCUUUCAUGGCAGCUUUAAUUUUUUUUCUGCAACCAUUUCCCUCACAGUAAUGAAGUGCUGAGCAUGUUGACUGUUGUUCUUUGAUAAGGUAACAAAAAUAUUUGUGUUUGGAGACUUUAACUGUAAUUAUGCAGGAAGGUAAGUGUGAUAAUUCUAGUGCUUGGUAUAUGGUACAUCGUAGUUACAUGAAUACAUGAUAAGUUGAUUGUUGAAUCUAUUUUCUUUUACUUAAAAGUGCAUAUAUGCUAUAUACAGAGAGAGGGAGAAAAAAUUAUAUUGGCAUGUUUAUGUCAUGCAAAGCAAGAUUGUGUCAACAUUUCUGUUACAUACUCACAUUUUCAGUAGGUUGUAACGCAGUCAUAAGGGUUUGCUUUAAGUAAAAGAUGUAGGAGCAAUUAUGUUCACUGUAAUUUCCAAAUACAUACUGGCUAGUUUCAAAUUAUAGAAUUUCAGAGUAAAUUAAUGGUGUUGCCUGAUCUAAUUUUGAACUUAAAUUAGUAAAAGUUCUGGGACAAUUUUAUAUUUUUUAAUAGUUGUUUCUCUACAAGGGCCUAUUACAAAAAAAGCAAAUUGAAAAUAUUUUCAGUUCUGCAAUCUGGGUUCCUGCUCAUGUGCCGCAACUUUUUUAAUAAACAUUUGCAUAUUGCUAUUGUCAUGAUCUGUACUUUGGAAUAAUAUGAAACUAAAUGUGUGUUGUAUUAAUCAGCUACAUUCUAUCAAGCUGACUACAAAGGUCAUGUGUCUUCAGAGUACUAUGGUCUGUAUGAUGCAGAAGGCCAGAGCAGAUUUUGGCAGUGUUUCCUUUGGCCUUUCAAUAUCUAAACCUAUGAAAAGGUUAUUGACUGUAGACAAAAUUAAUUUUUAUCAAAAAAAAAUUUAAAAUAUGUAACUGUAUAUUUACUGGAUAGGCUGGGAUGGAGAGACUCAAAUGGCUCCAAGGGAGCCCUUUCAAGUCUCCUGAAUAAAUGUAAUACAUAUUUUAUAUAUUCCUAUGAACUUUUGUUCUUUUUCUUCUUUCAAACUGGGAAAAGGGAGGGGAUAAGUAAAGAAAAAGAUUUUUUUAAGGCUAAUUUUGUGAAUUAAAAUAACAUAAGCUAAUACAUCCAAACAUAAGGGGCAGACUUACACUUUUUCUUAGAAGCAUACUUCACAUCCCCAGUUGCUUGAUCAAGAGUCUUGUGCCAUUAGCACUGUGGGUUAAGAACAGAGUGUAAGGCUUAAUUUUUGAAUUUUCAACUUUUUGGGGGCGGUCUUACUUUGCAAUCUAAAUGUCAGUUAAAUGUAGCUUUUGGUACCAAAUUAUAUAGAAUCUUAUUCUCGGUUGUUGGUUAGAAAAAAGUGCAUAGCCUAGGAAGUCAGUCUGCCUAUUAGCAAUGAUGAAGCAUUGCAUUCCUAUUUUUUUUCCUUUCUUUUUUUCUUUUUUUUUUUCCAUUUGGACCGUUGUUAGGACAAAUCUUAAAACACACACAUAGUAAACUGAAUAGUGAAUGUUCCAGGCACUGGAUUUUUAAGGAAGUAGAAACACAAGCUACCAUACCAUUAGCAGCCUACUUUGGGAAGAGCAUGAGAUGACUGGGUGGAGGAGCAAGGAAAUGACUGCAGGGGCUUGCUCUGUCCUGGCUCCCAUAUCUCCUUAAGACAUGGCCUAAGUUUUGUCAGCUGUUGCAGAGGUGAAGGAAGCCGUGCACCAUGGCAGUGGGAGAUGUGAAGCUGCCAUUACAGAGCAGUAGCUCCUGGUUUGCCUUUUGCUGUUGUCAAGACCCUCUCUGGACACCUCUGUUUCCAGAAGUAUAAAGAGAUGACUGCAGUCUAUGAGCUAUAAGGGAAGUCAUUACUAGCAGCCAAGGAAAUAAAUGUCACUGGCCACUUAGGUGUCCAGCUAUGCUGUAAAUCAAAUAAUACUGUCUGGAAGCUGAGGAACAGAUAACCUGUUAUUCAAUACAAUGGUAUAGUUGUGAUACCCCAGCACUGUAAUGUUAGGCAUACUUCCUUAGCUCCUGCUACAUAGACUGCAGACAGACAGUGUGGUUCUCAUGAGAUAAGACCAUUUAAACAUAUGUCAGUUACAAAAUUGGGUGUAAAUGUACCAUGUGCUCAUAAAAUUAAUCUCUGAUAUAUGCAUGUAAUUCAAUGAAUUGUCUGCCACUAGUCUCAUGAAAAGUAUGUAAUGUGUGAGUCAAAUCUGUCUAACCCAUUUUUGUGAUUUGCCAUCUGAGAUGUCAGAGGCUGAUGGAGAAAGACAUUGUCAUCAGUGCCAUCAAUGCUGAAAAUAUCUGGUAAACAUUGAAAGCAUACCAUCACUUGUUGCAAACUGGCUCCAUUUGAGGCUUGAUGCAAAGUAGCCUCUAAUGUAAGGCAGCAGAGAUUUUGUAUGAUGUGGAAUGAUUUGGUAUAUCUAUGUAUGUAAGUAGGAAUGCCCAAUAAUAAUCAGAAGAUCACAUUUUGAGGGAUCAUCAGUGUGUGAGCACAGCAAGCAUCUGUUCCUAAAAUCAAAAUGUAUUUCAAGGAAGGAUGUUGACAGCAUUCAAACACAUGCAUUAUAAAGCAAUCUUCUUUCCUAGUAUACAUAAGAUUUAGCAUAUCAUCUACAAAUUAUGGUCAGUUAAUUAACAUUUGGAAUUGCAGCUGUCCAUUUUGUCUUUGAAAGAGGAUAUUCUGUGAGUGUGUCCAUAAAGUAUGUUUACUUUGUGGGGAUAUCCUUAAGUAUUGCUCUGGUCUACUAACAGUAUAGAUUAAAUAAAUUUUAGAUAUAAAUGAAGAAAGGCUGAUGUAAACUAGCAUGCUAAAGACAGUUUUCUAUUCUUGGAUGUGUAUGCAGCACAGUGCUACUUGCUGUCACAGUAAAACUUCACAAACAAUAAUCAUUACACAUGCCAGCUAUUUAUGAUGGCAUGAAGCUUUCCAGUCACACAGUUUACUUUCUUCUGCUUCUGUAGAAUAACAUUGUCCACAAAUUAUUAUUGUUAUUGUAGCCACCACAUGAAACAAAGUUUUCUGUUUAGCUAAUGGUAAUUUCUAAAUUUGAAAUUCAGUCAUGUCCUUUUUAUAACUAUAACCUUAAUCUUCUUGGAGCGGCAUAUCUUAAUUCACAACUUUUCAUGAUUUUUUUUUUUUAAUAUUUUAUUUUACUCUUGCAGUAAAAUAUAUUGAAUAUUUAGUCUACAUCCUGUGGAAUAAGAGUUUUUAGUGAAGUAUUGUGUUACAUACAGGCAACAGAACAGUGUAACUAUGCCAAUCAGUGGAUGUCCAUAUGGGUUCACCACUUGCAGGGCUGUGUACUGAGUCAUAAAAUAAUGUUUCUAAUUCAUAUUUCCAUCCUGAUGUGUUGGUAUUUACAUACACAUUCAUGGCUUACAUGGCUGUGCAUAAAUUCAUCUGCCUCGUUGAAGCCAAGAGUAUCACAUGUCAGCAGGUAAUCUGUAUAUAUAAGGUAUAAAAAUUUGGUUCCCUUACUUUCAUUUUGCAACCUUAAAGAAGAGAAAAUAAGUUUUUCCCUGGUAUCACUUUUUCCAUAAUUUUCCAAAAUGUUUCUAAUGUUUCUAAUACUCUUUGUCAGUUUUUAAAAUUAGAUUAGAAUAUUAAAUAGAUAUAAAAAAGUACUGAUUUACAACUGAUAUAUUGCAGGUAAAUGCACAACCUCAUAUUUAGGCAUACAGUGUUUCUAAACAGAGAAAAAUAUAGUCUAUUUUCUAUGCUUGGCCAUUGCUACAAAAUUGCCAGUGCUCACAUACUGAUCACCUUCAUAUCCUAUGGGAACACUGUGUUGAAGUCAGCUCCAGCCAGUUUGUCUGCUUGGAUAUAAGUAGAAUUAUGUAUCUUAGGAAAUGAUACAUGUGAUGACAUGCAUUCAGAAGAUAUCAUCAGCAACCUACAGCACUGUUUUUAAUGACCAUGACAGCUAAAAUUCAUACCUGCAAGGCAUAGCUGCAGCUUAUAUGUACAUGGUUGUGUUUUACCUCAUAUGAUAAAGUGCUGUGAAUUCUGGCCAUGCAUCACCAGGCAGAUGAAAACAAUCAAAAAGACCUUUCAGAAUACUCGUUGUCAAUACUCACAGCACACAGAAAUAACUGACAUCGUUACACUCAAUGAAAUUUUAACCUUGAAGAGGAAUCCAGAAUUGAAGGAAUGUGUGAUGAUGAAAAUACUAUUCCCAGCUCUUACUCUAUGUAAUGAAAUAGGUAAAGCAUUAGGAAAAGGAAUGAAAACAUUUUGACUUACAAGUGCAAGUAUAACACCAUUUUGUCAAAAAGAGAUGGAGGCAAGGAUCACUAACACUACUAAAAUUUCACAUAUUCAAUAGUAAAAGAGAAGAGACAUUACCAAGAACUUGGUGAUAGCUUGGAUAGUAUUAUUGGCCUCCAACAACAAAGAUAUGUUAGGCUGUAGAAAGUCCACUGAAUUCUGUAUUUGGAGUCAUAACCUACCAGACACCAGUCAAAAAGCUUCUCAGUAGUGUUGCUCUAAACAUGACUGCAAAUAUAUAUAGUAAUGUAUAGUAAUUAUUUAUCUGGUGCAAUCAAAAUCUUUUGAGAUAGAUUUAGUCAAACUAAUAUCAACCUGAAUCUCUGUUCAAAAACUGGUCACAUUGAAAUGUCCUUUUGUUUGUUCUCAGAAAUUAGAUCCAAAAUGAUUUGAAGAAUUCAACUGAUUAAAUUACUAUAGGACAAGGAAGUCUUUAACCUCUAUUAGUCUAUAUUACAGCCAUGUAUCUUUAUUUCCAUGGUAGUCCUGAAGUGCUUGAUAUGACAGAAAUAUUUUUAUGGCCAUUUGAUGUAUCAUCUAUUUCUAUUUCUAUAUGUAAAUUGAUAAAUACAGUCAAACUUCUGAUUCCCCUCCAUCCCCUUUUCUCAUUGCACCUUGACAUGUUUCCUGACUAAUUAAGGGAAUAUUUAAUUUUAUAUUCUCAUGGCAGGCAAGUAGGAAAUUAUCUGUUCAUUAUACAAAUAAGCAAAACCAAUUUUGUUGUCUAUCUCAUUUAAUCAUGUACAACUUUUUCUAGGAUUUUCACUAGGAUUUGCAGCUUUUUGUGUCUACAAUGAAGAGGUAGUACCUUCUCAAAUCUCUUGCAAAUAUUUGAGGAACUUGAUGUAUAUCUUUCACUGAAACUUUUUCAUUGUCCAGUACUCAACACUGAGCUCUAACUUACAGUAGAUUAUUGAAGCCUUUGCCAUCCAUUGACAUUGCCAUCCUUAAUUCUUUAAUGAAAAAGGCAUGGCAUGGCUAGGGCUGAUCAUCAUGGAUUCUUUAUUUGCAUCUUGGAAAUGCUUGACUCGUCAGAUGUACUAUAGUACUUCUGUAAUGGCAGAGAUCUACUAUUUUUGGUGCCAGCCAUUACAUGCCAUUUGUAUGUAUGGCUUAUGACAGUCUGUGCUAUUUUCAGUGGUUCCAGUUCUCAUCUUUAACCUGUUCUCUUUCUCCUUUGCAUUCUGAUGCCUAUAAUCUGUGUCAUGGAUAUUCAGACAAGAAUUUUAUGGCUGGACUCCUUCCUCUACCACAAGUCAGUUCAUACACAUACAUCAAUUACCAUUACCUUACUGCUGUAGCAUAAUAGGCUAGCACUGUUGCAUGGCAGAAUGCUUGGCUGUUGUGAACUGUUUCCCAAAUGAUCCUAAUUUUUUGGUAUCACAUAUAAAGGACUCACUCUGUCAUCUGCUACUGUAGUCUUGGAUUCAUUGCCCAGUUCAGACACAGCUUGAAGAGAAAGGUGCAGGUGUUUGACUUCUGAGAUUUGCUUUAUGUUAUAGGUGUUCCUAUAUGAUCAGAAACCGUUUGAGGGAUGCAAUGUCUUCUCCUUGCCAGUCCUGUAGUAUUGUUAGCAGUUAGAGCAUGUGCAGCUAGUUUUGUCAGUCUGUAGUCAACUAGAGUUUGAUAUGGAUAUAUACAAGAAGGGUACAUUGUUUUCCAAGCUUCAUGCACAUCCUUGUUUCUCUUUAUGAAUAUCGUGCACCUUGCAUUCUCUCCAAGUGCUGUAUUCGUGUAUCUGUCAGAACUUGAUUUCUUCCUUAGUUCUUUUUGUUGAGUGCUGUUUUAGCAGCUGAUUCCAUUUUCCUUCUUGUUGACAUUCCUUCGUCCCUGUAAUUCCAACAGAAAUUGUUCUGGCUCCAAUAUGUUAGCUAGAAGCUACUACAGUUGUGGUUCUGCCCACCAGUGAUUUGCUGAUUUAUCCUCCAUGUCUGAGAAAGAGGAAAUCAACCUUUCAUGCAGAGACAAGGGUGUUUAUGCAGUUGAUAGGACAUCUCUGAAAGGGGUUUCAUGCAUAAUAUGAACCUAAAACUCACUUAUUGUUAAACAUCAAAUCUUCAAGCUCUUUGUCUUCAACCACCCUACAGUUGUUCAUUUAAUUUUCAAAGCCUGACAAACAAGUCAGAAUAUGGAUGUGAUGAUUUCUCUUGUGUGAAACAAAUUUCUCAUUUUUAUUCCCUUUUCUCUGCAUAGCUCCAUAUUCAUUUCAUGCCCAUGUUCCGCUUAUUAGGAUGUGUGUUAGUAUCAAAAUAACUGGAGCAUUUAUUUGCUUUCUGCAACUGAAUUUCAUUUUAUUAUUGUUAUUUUAUUUUAUCUUAUUGGCUCACACAGCAUUCUAUAAGGUAACCUUUUUAUAACUGACAUAUGUUAUUCCUUCAGGUAGCUUCUACUGACAAACACAAAGCUUGUUUGUGUGCAAAUGCAAGGCUGACUAAAUGGUGCUAAAGUGUAUUAUGACUGUCAGAUAUAAUCGGGCAAAAUUUUGUGGUGCUUAGACUGAUUUUUUCAUUGAUUUUAUUGAUCAAUGCAUUGAACAGUGUUUUAUUAUACACAAGUAGUCUUUUGUUAGUAAAUCAAGACCUCAUAGUGCAUUGUUAAACUAAAUGGGUUAAUUAAUCUAUGUAACAGCUCACCAAGCUAAUACUGUUGUGUCAUUAAAGGUCAAGGGGUCAUGAUAAUAAUCUCAUUGCUGUAGACCAUUAACAUGACUGAACAUUUUCAACAAAGUACUUAUGUUUACAAUGCUAUAACCCUUUGACUGCUGCGGCAACCUUUAACCACCGAACGUCACACGCUGGAAUCAUCAUUAUGGUUCUUGCCAUGGCAAUCAAAGAGUUAAGGGCUGUGCAGUGAUUUGUUUUGUAUUUAUUAAUUUAUAUUUAUUUUAUGUUUUCAUUUGAGAAGGGGGGAAUUGGGGUGGGGCAGUUCUUGUCUGCUGUAAGUGUCUUAACCAAGGGAAGGGUUAAAAUGGCUUUUUAUACUAUUGCAUCUUAUGUACUUACCAUCGUUUCAUUGUGUUGUAAUUAAAAAAAAAUCUGUCAAUA